CGUCACAAACUCUAAUUUAAAAGGAAUAAACGACGAUUUCACAAGAUUUAACUUUUUUUUGUGCUUACAUUUUUUAAGUUGGCAGUUCUGACACACCACUGACACUUUCAUCACGUGAGCCCCCAUGUGUUAAAGUGAGGUUAUAUUUACAUACAGUAACCAUGUCGGGAGUCGAAGUAAUCAUUCAAGACUUAAAAACGCACCCGUGGUGCCCCCACGGCCCCACUCUGCUCUUUUCGCGCCGAAUUAAUGAUACCAAACGAAAUUUUUUCGCCUGUUCGGCCUGCAGAGACCGAAAAUCGUGUCCAUUCUUUCUCUACGAAGACGAAAAGAACAAAUAUAAGCCCGAAGUGUGGGAACAAGAGAGGACGAAACUCCUUCAGAAUAUCAAUCACAGAAAAUUGUUUAUAACUUUGAACAAGGUGCAACAGUUGCCCGCAAGUGAAAGAGGGUAUUGUCACACCUGUUUGGAAUUUCAGUUGAAAAAGUUCUGGGAAAAGCACAAAGAACACAAUUUUAUUACAAAUAUUACGGACCACCAAUUGGAGCAUCCGAGCGAGUUCUUACCACCCCUAGAAGACACGAAAAAAGAAGCACAAUUUUUAUUUUCUGCGUCGUCGGUUCAAGGGAUUGUCGAUAUUUUCAAACAAUUAAAAUACAAAAAAAUUGUCAGUAUGGGGACACCCAGGAUACACGAAUUUGUGGCCACAAAGUGCCCCAAAAUCGACAGUCUUUUACUGGAUUUCGAUCAACGGUACCACAGAUUUUACGGCCCGUUGCAAUUCUGUUGGUACAACAGCUUCAACAACCACUUCUUCUUUCAAGAAUCAUCACAAAUUUUUGAUGACUUUUUAAAAAGUGAAAAUGGCGACGUCGCUCUAGUGCUCGACCCCCCAUUUGGAGGCCGCGUGGAGCCCCUUGCCAACACCAUCCACCAAAUCACAGAUAAAUACAAACAAAUUAACGAAACCAAGGCCGACUUGCCGAUAUUUUGGGUCUUUCCAUACUUCAUGGAGCCCCAAAUUUUGAAUAGCCUCCCUAAUUUCGUCAUGUUGGACUACAAAGUCGACUAUGACAAUCAUCCGUUAUUUCAAGAUGGCGUUAAGGCGCGAAAAUUCGGCUCGCCGGUCCGAAUUUUCACGAAUGUGGACCCGAGUAAAAUCGUGCUACCGGCGAAAGAAGGGUACAAAUUCUGUGAUUUUUGCAACAAAUGGGUUUCGCAAGAGAAUAGACAUUGCACGAUCUGUCAAAGUUGCACAUCGAAAGACGGCAGGACGUACGUGCAUUGUGGGGAGUGUCGACGGUGUGUAAAACCGAGUUGGCAGCACUGUAAAAAGUGCAACAGGUGCUGCCAACCUGACCAUAAAUGUGGACAAUUGGUGUUCGCGCAGGAUUGUUUCCAUUGCAAGCAACCAGGGCAUAAAAAACGCGAUUGCCCGAACAUUGACCACAAUGAAUUACACCGCAAAAGAAAAUUAAAGUUAAAAAGUAAACCCAAAAAACGACUUAAAUCCUCGACUUGAAUAAAACUAUCGAGAAGAUUUUUGCUUCAUUUUUUAAAAAAUCCAAAAACUAGGUAACCACUACAACAAAAAAAUCACGCAUCCAUCGAAUUUAUUUCGUUUCUAACAAGCUCCGCCGCCGCCUCCAUCUCUAGUCCUUCUAAAAUGUACAGAAAAUUAUCCAGAGUGGCGUCUUCAUCAUCGUCGAACCACAACUGCAACAUAUUCUUAGCUUGAUCCACCUCUUUAGCGUUCUCCUGUGUGAAAAAUUGAAUUUCGUCGGUUUUAAAACCCAACUUAUUGGCCAACUUUUUCCAAUGAGGGGCAACUUUCUCACUAAAUAAUUGUAACUGAGCAGGGGUAAUUUUAUGGUCAACCCUCGUAUUCUUAUCAUCCAUGAAUUCUUCCCCUUCCGACGGUUUGAUAUCUUCUGUCCCUUCAUCCACUUGUGUGUCUUUAAACAAAUUUUCCUCCUCAACAUCCGCUUGUUGCACCUCUUGUGAAUUUUCCUGACUCCGACCUGGUUUAUCAUGUGCGAUUUUUUUAACCAUCAUUUCUAAAUACGAAGACAACGGAUUCAGAAUCACAGUACUGUAGGUGAAGAAAUGGGGGCUGCGUUUGGCUAGUAACCGCAAAGCCCUCCACCCAUAGUUGCCGUCUUUGAGCAAGUUGUCUUCAUCUUUGACUGGAGUGGGUGCCUCCAUUUGUGCUAUAGCGUCGGCGAAAUAAUCUUCCAAAGUCGGAAGGAAGUCUCGUUCUUUGCCUUUACAAGCCUCUAGGUUGUCUGGACACAAGUUCCACAACUUCGUCAGUUCGGGGCUUCCCAUGUAAAAUUUACCCUGGCUGGAAGCGUCUUUGAUUAUGUCGCCCAACAGGGGGCGGUCGUCAGUUUUACGUUUAUCGGGGUUUUCUAAAGCCACGACCGACUUUUUCAGCUCGGGACAACCAUCGUUUUUCCAGGCGUUCCAGUAUUCUUCCCUACUUAAAAUAUUGGAAGCUAUUUCAGCAAAUCUUUUACCGUCAGGGGGCGUUUCGCGCAGAAGGCUGUAUACUUUGUCAGUGCUGUUUUGGAUCCAUUCUUUUUGGUCCGUUUUGAGUUCGAAACUGUCGCUGCAACGAAAAGUAGAAACGAUGUUGGUGGUUUGAACGAUACUUACGAUUUAAAUUUGACUGAAGAAGACAAAUACUGGAACAAAAUGAGGAACUGAAGCAAAACUGCUCUUCGGAAGUUGACGUCGUAUAGUUGCAAAUCCAGCAAUUUCUGGCUGGUUAAGUACUUAGAAAAGUACAUUUUAUUCUUACUUUCGUCACAGUAGCUGCCACUAUUUUCAACGUGUUCAAGUUUGAGACCCUGGAACGUGUUUAGGACGCUCGUCGCAUACUACAAGCAACCAAUGAGAAAACAAUAUUUCCAAGAUUGAAGUCAUUACAGUACAAAACAACUUCCACUGCACUUUACUGUACAACUGAUUCGGAUUCCGGAAGAAGUCCUGCAGUGACCAGAACUUACAAUAAAACGUAAAAUCAA